AUUCAGUCAGUGCAUGCCCCUUGAGCUCACGAAACUGGCAACUGUGAUCACGAGAAAUGGAAGAUGACAGCCAACUGCACAAAGCCUUUUUUUUCCUUUCUUUCCGUUCUAGGCUCUUUAUACUUUUAAAUAUUUGCUUUUGUGGACAGUAUUUCCCAUUGAGUUGUUCAUAUCUUUAAAGAUACUAACUCGUUGGAUGUAGAUGGCUCAUCGCCAACCCAACUCAGUAACAACAGCUACACCGUCUCUCCUCGUCUUCAACGGCGAAAAACAGUCUGUUUUCAUCUGCAGACUUGCGAAGAAGAAUGGGGUGUGUCGGAUCCUCACAGGCGAAAGCAGAAGGAAGUGUCAAACAGGUGAAGAAACCGAGGUCGUGGAAGCAUCCCCAGCCAAUCACCAUAAGUCAGCUGAUUCAGCUGAGAGAAGAGUUCUGGGAUACUGCACCUCACUAUGGUGGUAGAAAAGAAAUCUGGGAUGCACUCAGAGCAGCAGCAGAUGCUGAUCCGAAGCUUUCUCAAGUGAUCAUAGAGAGUGCAGGGAUCAUACUGCAAAAUCCUGACAUGACAGUGUGUUUCGACGAAAGAGGUGCAAGAUAUGAAUUACCUACAUAUGUAUUGAGCGAACCAAAGAACUUGAUACGGGAUUCUUGAUAACAGAAGCAAAGCUCACCAGAAAACAGUCGUCGUCUCCAUCGUCAUUAACCCCAGAUAUAGCUGACUGUAAUAUAGGAACAAGAUACUGCAGAUUUUCCAUGAGAAAUAGAGUGUAUAGCUAUAUCAUGUUGUUUGGUUUCUAAAUUUAUCCAACAACUUUGCUGACAAU